AUGUCUGCCAAUUUAGAAGACGAGAAUGCGCCUCCGGAACUGGUGGAUAUCUCUGCAAUGCCGACAGAUCAGCCGUCUGUUAUAGACGAAACCCCGACAACCCGGGUACCAAUCACGCUUGUAACAGGAUAUCUGGGAGUGGGCAAAACCACCCUGUUGAACCACAUCCUUACGGAGAAACACGGCAAGAAGAUUGCCGUGAUCAUGAAUGAAUUCGGAGAUUCCUCAGACAUCGAAAAGCCCUUGACAGUAAAUCAGGGUGGCCAAGAAGUCACCGAGUGGAUGGAAGUCGGGAACGGCUGCAUCUGCUGCUCAGUCAAGGACACCGGUGUCAUGGCCAUCGAAUCCCUUAUGGAACGCCGCGGCACCUUCGACUACAUCCUGCUAGAGACCACCGGACUUGCCGACCCAGGCAACAUUGCCCCGGUCUUCUGGAUGGACGAAGGGCUCGGCAGUUCCAUCUACCUCGACGGGAUCGUCACGCUCGUCGACGCCAAGAACAUCCUUCAUUUGCUGAACGAGCCAGCACCCGAAGAAAGGGCCGAGUCCCAUGAUGCCGGACACAGCGAUCACGGCGCUGGACCUGUCUUGUCCAUGGCGCACAUGCAGAUUUCUCAUGCGGAUGUGAUUAUUCUCAACAAGACGGAUUUGGUCUCGCCAGACGAACUAGAGGUGGUCCGGGACCGCGUCACGGCCAUCAAUAGUGUCGCUAAAAUCCAUGUCACCGAUCACAGCAAGACGCCGCAGAUCGAGGGUGUCGUGCUGGACUUGCAUGCCUAUGAUCACCUCGCGGAUUUGGACUUUAGCAAGAAGGGGCAUAGCCAUAUUGAUCCGGUGAGUGUUACUUCCUUUCAACGCAUACAAGGGUAUCACGAUCUGCAUUUGAUCCUCAUACAUUUGACCCAGGCAAUUUCCACCGUUGCUAUUGUCACGCCCCCGAUUCCUGCAGAAAAGGUCUCGCUGGUCGACGCCUGGCUUCGCUCUAUCCUGUGGGAAUCGGCAUUCCCGGCUCCCGUUAAUUCGUUGUCUGCGCCCGUCCCCAGUAACUUUGAAAUUCACCGACUGAAAGGAAUUAUUGCUCUCGAUGAUGGCUCAAGUCAGAUCAUCCAGGCUGUCCGGGAUGUGUUUGAGAUCCGUGAUUCGGAGCCACGACAGGGCGACGAGCCCCAAGCAGUUCAAUGCAAGCUCGUGUUGAUUGGACGAGGGCUGGGAUCGAGUGUGCAGCCGUGGCGAAGGAGUUUCGAGUCUUUCAUAGCGAAUUAUCAGUGA